AUGAUUCAGAAACCGCGGUAUCUUUCGGCGUUGCUUGUGGGAGCAACCAUUCUCCUGCUUCUCGCUACGCUGCGCAUAACAGGUGAUGAGAUACCCGAGGUCAUCAAUUCGGCAAACCCUUGGUCCAGGCCUCCGAAACAACACGAUGGUCAGCAAGACACACAGCACGAAGGUGCACUUGAGGUUGCUGCGGCUGCCAAGAAACCGAUCUUUGGUGGCAAGAAUCACGACGAGCGGCCCACCUUCACGGACUUAGCUAUGAAAUCCGGUACUGACAAGGUGACGACCCACAACUACGGUUUCUUGUACGACAAGUACCUUGCUCAGUUCCGUGAUCGCCCUGUCAGAAUGAUUGAGAUUGGUUUGGGCUGUGGUAUGCCUUAUGGCCCUGGCGCUUCGUACCCGAUAUGGACCACGUACUUUCCAAAGAUCGAGCUGAACAUUGUCGAAUACGACGAGCGCUGCGGCUCUGCUUGGGCGGCUAAAAAUCCGGAGGCUGUACUUUUCUUCGGCGAUCAGUCGUCGGUGCCGUUCCUCAGACACGUUGGCACAGAGACCACAGCCGAUGGACUGAUGGACAUUAUUGUUGACGAUGGUGGCCACACCAUGUCACAGCAGAUAACUUCCUUGCAGGAGUUGUGGCCAUACCUUCGUCAUGGCGGUGCCUACUUUAUUGAGGACCUGCAGACUAGCUUCUUGGGUACCUACGGCGGUGAUGAAACCAGAGCCGACCUCGCCAAAAAAACCGCUGUCCGCUGGAUUCAUGAGCUUGUUGACGAUAUAAUGUCUUCUCCGGUUGGCAUUGCACCAAAGAACGCUUGGUCCUCGGAGAUUGCAAGCAUCGACUGUAUGGCGGAGUUGUGCGUACUGACCAAGAAGGAGCAGGGGGCACGGUAA